UCUGAACCUGCAGGUCCACACUGAGUGGUUCUGGUUCUGAACCUGCAGGUCCACACUGAGUGGUUCUGGUUCUGAACCUGCAGGUCCACCUCAGAGGUUCUGCUGCACGUCCUUCUCCCCUCCAGCUGUUUCCAGGACCUGGUUUCUCCGGACUUUCCUCGGACCCGUUCCCGGUCCGGUGCCAUGCAGAACCGGGCUGUGAGUCGGGCUGAGGCGGGUCGGACCUGAGGACUCGGACCUCCGCUGCUGCAGCAGAACUUUCUGCAGGUUCGGAGGGGAGGGGCAGCCCGGAGCGGACCGGGUCGAACCUGCAGCUCGUCGCCGGUGCCGGAGGAGUGGGUUCGGCUGCAGGAUGUCGGACUCUGCGUCCAGUUUCCUCCACAUCGGAGACAUCGUGUCUCUGUACGCAGAGGGUUCUGUGAACGGGUUCAUCAGCACCCUGGGGUUGGUGGAUGAUCGGUGUGUUGUUGAACCGGCUGCUGGAGACUCUGAAAACCCUCCUAAGAAGUUCAGAGGUUGUCCAUCAUGACCCGUGUCGUGGGGGGGCGGGGCACUGGAACAGUCUGUACCGCUUCAAACACCUGGCCACAGGAAACUACCUGGCUGCUGAGGAGAACCCGGGGUACAAAGGAGACAACCCGGAGCCGUCGGCCUCAAUGGACGGCAGCCGCAUCAACAAGCGCUCUCAGGGCGAAAGGAUCAAGUACAAGUUGGUGGUGGUGCCCCACGGGAACGACAUCGCCUCGCUGUUCGAGCUCGACCCAACCACGCUGCAGAAGAACGACUCCUUCGUGCCGCGGAACUCGUAUGUGCGACUGAGACACCUGUGCACGAACACGUGGAUCCAGAGCACCAACGUUCCCAUCGACAUCGACGAGGAGCGACCCAUCAGACUCAUGUUGGGGACGUGUUCUACGAAAGAAGACAAGGAGGCUUUCGCCAUCGUCUCGGUUCCGGUGAUGGAGAUCCGAGAUCUGGACUUUGCCAACGACGCCAGCGCCAUGCUGAGCACCGUUGUGGACCAGUUCAGCUCCGGCUUCAUCAGCCAGAARGACAGAAAGUUCGCCAUCAAGCUGCUGGAGGACGUGGUCUUCUUCGUGGCCGACGUGGUGAACAGCGGCCAGCCGGUCCUGGACGUGGUCAUGACCAAACCCAACAGAGAACGUCAGAAACUGAUGAGAGAACAGAACAUCCUCAAACAGAUCUUUGGGAUCCUGAAGGCCCCCUUCAAGGACCGGGGAGAUGAGGGCCCCCUGCUGUGUCUGGAGGAGCUGGCGGACCAGAAGAACGCUCCCUUCCAGUACAUGUUGAGACUCUGCUACAGAGUCCUGAGACACUCGCAGGACGACUACCGCAAGAACCAGGAGCACAUCGCCAAGCAGUUCGGUGUGAUGCAGAGUCAGAUCGGUUACGACAUCCUGGCAGAGGACACCAUCACUGCUCUGCUGCACAACAACCGCAAACUGCUGGAGAAACACAUCACCAAGACCGAGGUGGAGACCUUCGUCAGCCUGGUCCGGAAGAACCGAGAGCCCAGGUUUCUGGAUUACCUCUCAGACCUGUGUGUGUCCAACAACGUGGCCAUCCCCGUCACCCAGGAGCUGAUCUGUAAAUGUGUGCUGGAACCCAAAAACCAGGACAUCCUCAUCAAGACGCAGCGCCGUGUGUCUAAAGACACGCCCCCUGGUGGCAUUCAGGGAGAAUACAUGGGGAUGGAGGAGUAUGGAGAUGAAGACGAGGUGUGGCUGGUCUGGACCGAUAAGACCAACGAGAAGCAGGAGAAGAGCAUCAGGCAGCUGGCUCAGGAGGCGAGACAAGGGAACGCUCACGACGAGAAUGUCCUCACCUACUACAGGUACCAGCUGAAGCUCUUCGCCCGCAUGUGUCUGGACCGUCAGUACCUGGCCAUCGACGAGAUCUCCAAGCAGCUGGACGUGGAGCUCAUCUUCCUCUGCAUGAUGGACGAGACGCUGCCCUUCGACCUGCGGGCCUCUUUCUGCCGCCUCAUGCUGCACGCCCACGUGGACCGAGACCCCCAGGAGCUGGUGACCCCCGUCAAGUUCGCCCGCCUCUGGACCGAGAUCCCAAACUCCAUCACCAUCAAAGAUUAUGAUUCGAACUUGAACGACAGCAGAGACAACAAGAAGAACCGCUUUGCCAACACCAUGGUGUUCAUGGAGGAGUACCUGAACAACGUUCUGCACGAGGAGCUGCCGUUCCACAACGAGGAGAAAAAUAAACUCACUUACGAGGUGGUGAGUCUGGCUCGACAUCUCAUCUACUUUGGUUUCUACAGCUUCUUCGAGCUCCUCAGACUCACCAGGACCCUGCUGGGGAUCAUCGACUGCCGACCCAACCCUGCACACGGCGGCCUGGUGUUCCCYGAGGAAACAUCAGUGAAGAACGUGAAGCGCUCCAUCCACGGCAUGGGCCAGAUGAUGUCCACCAUGGUCCUCAACAGGAAGCCGUCCUUAUUUGGAGGUGGGGGAGCCAGAGGGGCGGGGUUUGUGCUCGAAGGACAGCGAGGCGGUAAAGACAGUAUGGACAAGAUGGACCUGACAGUGAUGGACACCAAACUGAAGAUCCUGGAGAUCCUGCAGUUCAUCCUGAACGUCCGUCUGGAUUACCGCCUGUCCUUCCUGCUGUCCGUCUUCAAGAAGGAGUUCGUGGACGUUUAUCCAAUGGCUGAAGCCGACGCCACGACCAACACGGAGCAUGCUGGAAGGGGAACAGCAUCCUGGAGGUGGACGAUGAAGGAGGUCGGAUGUUCCUGCGGGUUCUGAUCCACCUCACCAUGCACAACUACGCCCCCCUGGUGUCCGGAGCGCUGCAGCUGCUCUUCAGACACUUCAGCCAGAGACAGGAAGUCCUGCACACCUUCAAACAGGUCCAGCUGCUGAUCACGGGUCAGGACGUGGACAACUACAAGCUGAUCAAGGCGGACCUGGACCGCCUGCGGACCCUGGUGGAGAAGUCAGAGCUGUGGGUGGAGAAGAAGAGCUCCGGAGGAGACGGCAAGAAGGACAAGACGGAGGGGGCGUCAGAGAGCACGUCGCAGAAGAAGGAGAAGCUGGAAAAAGGUAACGAGAGCUACCAGAACGUCAAAGAGAUCCUGGAGCGGCUGCAUAAAAUGUGCAGCGGCGGCGCUUACAGGAAGCAGCAGAGGCUGCUGAAGAACAUGGGAGCUCAUAAAGUCAUGCUGGACCUGCUGCAGGUGUCCUAUGACAAGAACGAUGUGAAGAUGCAGGAGAUCAUCAAGUAUGCUCACCUGUUCCUGCAGAAGUUCUGCACGGGGAACCAGGAGAACCAGGCUCUGCUGCACAAGAACCUGACCCUGUUCCUGAACCCCGGGCUGCUGGAGGCGGAGACGGUGCAGCACAUCUUCAGCAACAACUACCAGCUGUGCAGCGAGAUCUCCGAGAGCGUCCUGCAGCACUUCAUCCACUGCCUGGCCACGCACGGACGCCACGUCCAGUACCUCAACUUCCUGCACACCAUCAUCAAGGCCGAGGGCAAGUACGUGAAGAAGUGCCAGGACAUGAUCAUGACUGAGCUGACGAACGCCGGRGAGGACGUGGUCGUCUUUUACAACGACAAAACGUCCUUUAACGUCAUGUUGGACCUGAUGACUGAGAGCAGGGAGGGGGUGGGCGAGAAGAGCCCGCUCAGGUACCACAUCUCUCUGGUGGAGCUGCUGGCCGCCUGCGCCGAGGGGAAGAACGUCUACACGGAGAURAAGUGCACGUCUCUGCUGCCGCUGGAGGACGUGGUGCGAGUGGUGACGCACGAGGACUGCAUCACCGAGGUGAAGAUCGCCUACGUGAACUUCGUGAACCACUGCUACGUGGACACGGAGGUGGAGAUGAAGGAAAUCUACACGUCCAACCACAUCUGGAAGCUGUUUGAGGACUUCACCGUGGACAUGGCUCGGGUUUGUAACAAACGAGAGAAGCGUCUCUCCGACCCGACCCUGGAGAAGUACAUCAUCAACGUGGUGUUUGACACCAUCACCGCCUUCUUCAGCUCUCCUUUCUCUGAGAACAGCACGUCCCUGCAGACCCAUCACACCAUCGUGACGCAGCUCCUCCAGUCCUCCGUCAGACUGUUGGACUGUCCCUGGCUGCAGACGCAGCACAGAGGACAGGUGGAGGCCUGCAUCAAGACGCUCUCUAUGACAGCUAAGACCCGGUCCAUCUCUCUGCCUCUGGAGCUGGAGGCUCAGAUCAACAACGUCCUGUCCAGCUCCGCCCUCAACUCUCUGAGCCGCUCAAACCCAAACUCCAAGUCCACGACCCGCUCCUCCAGACCCCUGGCACCCGGAAACCCCUGGGACUACAAGAACAUCAUCGAGAAGCUGCAGGCUGAUCCAGCACACCAAGGCUCUGAUGUCCUCUGAGGAGAAGCUGUGCAUCAAAGUCCUCAGGACCCUGCAGGAGAUGCUCAUAAGGACUCUGGACUUUGACGACAAGGGGAUUUCUCUUCGUAAAGUUUUACUGCAGAAUUAUUUGUUUCCAAACAAGAAGGCCAACCAGAAGAACGACCUGGCUGAACUGGGAGCUGCAGGUGGCGAGCAGGAACGAGACUGGGCGGCGGUGGCGGCCAUUCAGUGUCGUCUGGAUCGAGAAGGAGGYACGAAGCUGUUCACAGAUCUGGUGAUGAGCACCAAGAACGACAAGAUCUUCCAGGAGAGCAUCCAGCUGGCCAUCUGUCUGCUGGAAGGAGGGAACACUGAGAUCCAGAACUCCUUCUACAAACUGAUGAUGGGCGACAACAAGUCUGAGAAGUUCUUCAAAGUCUUUGACGACAGGAUGAAGGAAGCUCAGACGGACAUCAAAGCCACGGUUUCUGUUAACGUCAACGAGAUGACGCACAAAGCUAACGAGAAGGAGCUGGAGGUCAGUCCWUCACCCCGGGGGCCUGUGCCUCCGCUUUGCCAGUUCAGCCUGCGGCCGAGCAGCAAGAUGGAGACGGAGAUGGGACCGGCCGUGACCAUCAUGAAGCCCAUCCUGAGGUUCCUGCAGCUCCUGUGUGAGAACCACAACCAGGACCUGCAGAACUUUCUGCGGGUCCAGAACAAUAAAACCAACUACAACCUGGUSUGUGAGACUCUGCAGUUCUUGGACAUCAUGUGUGGCAGCACCACAGGCGGGCUGGGCCUGCUGGGCCUCUACAUCAACGAAUCAAACGUUCACCUGAUCAUCCAGACCCUGGAGACCCUCACAGAGUACUGUCAGGGUCCGUGUCAGGAGAACCAGACGUGCAUCGUGACCCACGAGUCCAACGGCAUCGACAUCAUCACCGCCCUGAUCCUGAACGACAUCAGCCCUCUGUGUCACUACCGGAUGGAGAUGGUUCUGCAGCUGAAGGACAACGCCUCCAAGCUGCUGCUGGCUCUGAUGGAGAGUCGCCACGACAGUGAGAAUGCCGAGAGGAUCCUGUUCAACCUGCGGCCACGAGAGCUGGUGGAGGUGAUAAAGAAGGCCUACCAUCAGGAGAGUGAGUGCGAGGACGUGGAGGUGGAGGUGUCUCCUCGGGAAGUGGGACACAACAUCUACAUCCUGGCUCAGCAGCUGGCGAGACACAACAAAGUCCUCCAGAACCUCCUGAAGCCUCUCAAGAAGAACCAGGAAGGAGACGAGGGCAUCUCCUCCAUGCUGAACCUGAACAACCGCCCUCUGUCCCAGAUGUUGAAGUCCUCGGUUCCAGCUGAGGUGGUGGAGCAGGACCCUCUGGAGUACUACAGCCAGCUCACGGCCCAGAUCGAGAUCGUGCGUGAGGACCGCAGCAUGGAGCAGAUCGUYUUCCCGGUCCAUCCCAUCUGUGAGUUUCUGACCGAGGAGUCGAAGUUCAGGGUCUUCAACACCACGGAGCAGGACGAGCAGGGGUCAAAGGUCACGCACUUCUUCGAUCAGACCUCCUUCCUUCAUGGAGAGAUGGAGUGGCAGAAGAAGCUGAGGAGUAUGCCGGUUCUGUACUGGUUCUCCAGACGGAUGAGUCUGUGGGGAACCAUCUCCUUCAAGCUCGCCCUCUUCAUCAACCUCAUCAUCGCCUUCUUCUACCCCUACAACUCGGGUCAAGGAGCCAUCGAUGACUCCAUGCUGUUGAUGAUUUUCUGGAUCCUGACCGGACUCUCGGUUCUGGGUCUGUUCUCGCAGCAGUAUGGCCUGCAGCCGCUGACCAUCGCUCUGAUCAUCAGGUCCAUCUACCACCUGGGCAUCGGCAACACGCUCAUCCUGCUGGGCUCGUUGAACCUGAUCAAUAAGGUGGUGUUUGUGGUGAGCUUUGUGGGGAACAAUGGGACCUUCAUCAUGGGCUACAAGGCCAUGGUGAUGGACGUGGAGUUCCUGUACCACCUGGCCUACGUUCUCACCUCCACGCUGGGACUCUUCGUCCACGAGCUCUUCUACAGCAUCCUGCUCUUCGACCUGAUCUACAGAGAGGAGACUCUGUUCAACGUGAUAAAGAGCGUGACUCGUAACGGGCGCUCCAUCCUGCUGACGGCGCUGCUCGCCCUCAUCCUCGUCUACCUCUUCUCCAUCGUGGGCUUCCUGUUUCUGAAAGAGGACUUCAUCAUGGAGGUGGAUCCCCUGGUGCASAUCCCUGCAGCUCCUGAGCAGAGCGAGGCCUCUCAGGACUUCCUGAAGUCCUGCUCCUCAGACGGCGUUAACUGCACCUCAGAGAUAGACUUCAAAACCAUCACUGAGGAGGAAGACGAGCCAAACGUGGAGCGAGCAUGUGACACCCUGCUCAUGUGCAUCGUCACGGUGAUGAACCACGGACUGAGGAACGGAGGCGGAGUCGGAGACGUUCUCCGGAAACCGUCUAAGAACGAGCCGCUGUUUCCCGCCCGGGUGGUCUACGACCUGCUCUUCUACUUCGUCGUCAUCAUCAUCGUCCUCAACCUGAUCUUCGGCGUCAUCAUCGACACGUUCGCCGACCUGAGGAGCGAGAAGCAGAAGAAGGAGGAGGUCCUGAAGACCACGUGUUUCAUCUGCUGUCUGGAGCGAGAUAAGUUCGACAACAAGACGGUGUCYUUCGAGGAGCACAUCAAACUGGAGCACAACAUCUGGAACUACCUGUACUUCAUCGUCCUGGUCCGCGAGAAGAACAAGACGGACUACACGGGACCGGAGAGCUACGUGGCCCACAUGAUCAAGAACAACAACCUGGACUGGUUCCCGAGGAUGCAGGCCAUGUCUCUGGUMGUGAGCGACGGGGACGGGGAGCAGAACGAGAUGAGGAUGCUGCAGGACAAACUGUCCAGCACCAUGAACGUGGUGACCACUCUGACCGCGCAGCUCAACGAGCUCAAAGAGCAGAUGACGGAGCAGAGGAAGAGGAGGCAGAGGAUGGGCUUCGUCGACGUCCAGGCCGGGGCGAGUGGGGCGGGGCCUCCCACCGCCGCCGGAGGAAACCCUCAGGUGUACAAAACCUAGAACCAGAACAAAGAGCUGGACUGAGGGACAGAACCAGAACAAAGAGCUGGACUGAGGGACAGAACCAGAACACGUUUGUUUUCCACGUUAGGACGUCAGUUUCACACGUUGUUGCACCAGAACUGAUUGAAUCUAAGAAA